AAACCGCGCAUCAUAAACAAGAAAGCACUUUGACAGGUGACCCCCACACAAUCAUGAAGACAUUUUCGAUCGUCUUCGCCCUCGGCCUUCUAGGCACCCCACUUCUAACUGCUGCCGCACCCAAUUGUGGAUCAAAUGAGGUGUUCCAUACCUGUGGCACAUCCUGUGUUGCAACAUGUUCUGAACCGAACCCUGCCUCCUGUACGCUUGCCUGCAUCCCGGGAUGUGAAUGCGAAGAGGGAUAUAUCCGGAACGAUGCCUACAAGUGUGUUCUUCCAACAGACUGUUGAGAUCUAUGGCUCUAAACUAGAGUACUAGCAUGGUUAGGCUACUACAGCCAGGUGUGUUUGAUAGAUUUUUUAAACAUAUCUUGCACUCUUUUGCAAACUCAAUGCAUGUUUUUCUAAAUCUAGUAUCGGAAUAAGACAUAAUUACACUCUGUA